AUGACUGUUCCCGUCGAUCACUUCAUCGAGACCCCUCCGCGGGUACCAUCCCCAGUCCAUGGCUUCGGUACUCUUGCAGUCCACGCUGGCUCACCCCACGACCCCACGACAGGCGCCGUCAUUGAACCCAUCUCUCUGUCCACGACAUUUGAGCAGACCUCAGUCGGCCAGCCGGUCGGCUCGUACGAGUACUCACGCAGCUCGAACCCCAACCGAGACAACUUCGAGAAGGCAGUUGCCGCCCUAGAGCAUGCAAAGUAUGCGCUCGCAUUUGCUAGUGGCAGUGCGGCCACGGCCACCAUCCUGCAGAGCUUGGCUUCCGGGUCGCAUGUCAUCAGUGUCAGCGACGUCUACGGAGGGACACAUCGGUACUUCACGCGCGUCGCAAAGGCCCACGGCGUCACUGUUACGUUUACGCCCCAGAUCGAGGUUGACAUUGCAGAGCACAUAAGGGACAACACCAAGUUGAUUUGGAUUGAGUCCCCUAGCAAUCCCACCCUGAGACUUGUCGACAUCCCAGCCGUCGUGUCUGCGGCCCAUGCUCGAGGUGUGGCAGUUGUCGUGGACAACACAUUUCUUAGCCCGUACAUCCAGAACCCGCUGGAUCACGGCGCCGAUAUCGUCGUCCACAGUGUGACCAAGUACAUCAAUGGACACAGCGAUGUUGUCAUGGGACUUGCGGCGUUCAACUCGGACGAGAUGCGGGAACGGUUGGCAUUCCUGCAAAACGCAGGCGGUGCUGUCCCCUCGGCGUUCGACUGCUGGCUUGCACACAGGGGUGUCAAGACUCUUCAUCUCCGUGUUCGACAGUCCAGCCUGAACGCCACCGCUGUCGCAAAGGCUCUGGAGGCGAGUCCCCAUGUCCUUGCCGUAAACUACCCCGGACUAGACUCACAUCCGCACCGGGAAAUUGCUAUUCGACAGCACCGGGAUGGAAUGGGUGGUGGCAUGCUCUCGUUCCGCAUCAAGGGUGGUCGAGCUGCCGCUGAGCGGUUCUGCCAACUGACCAAGAUUUACACCCUGGCCGAGAGUCUUGGGGGUAUCGAGAGUUUGGUCGAGCUGCCCAGUGCAAUGACCCACGCUGGCAUACCGAAAGAUCAACGAGAGGACGUUGGUGUAUAUGACGACCUCGUACGUCUAAGUAGCGGUAUCGAGGAAUCCGAUGAUUUGGUUCGUGAUGUGCAAAAAGCGCUGGACGAGGCUGUUUGGGAGACGGCCGGGGCCAAUGGAACUGACGGGGUAAAUGGUCACGCAUGA